CCAGGAAGUAUUUUGAAUAAUCCUUCGUGUUUGUUGUCAACUUGUCUCGUAGAUUUUAUAACCGUGAAACAAAACAAAGGAAACCUUCAAUAUGGCUGAUGAGGUUUCGAACUUUACAGGGGACUGGACUCAAACUAAAGAGGCAGUAGCCAACUUUAGACAACUGCUACUUUGCUCGAAAUGCUCCAGGUUGGUGACAGAGCCGGUGUGCCUCGGAGUGUGUGAGCACAUGCUUUGCAGAUCCUGUGCUGGCCCUCGGGCAGGUGAUGGUUGUGUGGUGUGUCAGAGUCCUGCCUGGGUGAAGGACCUGCAGAUCAACAGACAUCUUAGCAACAUCACACAGCUCUUCUGCAGCUUAGAGUCCCUGCUCAGCCCGACAGUUACCACAGAGCAAGCCCCUUCUCCUUUACAAGCAAAUCCCGGGUACGAAAAAAUCCUGAAGCACCAGCAGAACUUUAAGAUCUGGUUCAGUCCUCGGAGCCGCAAGGUCCGCUGCAGGGUGCAGAAGCCCUCCCCCGAUGACGGCCCGCCAAGCAAGGCACCCAGCCCAGAGACCACCCCUCAAAACCCUGACACCAGCAGGGUGGAAUCCACGGACCUCUCCAUCUUCGACUUCAUCUCCUCUCAAGACUCGGGCUCUGGCUCCUCUUGCCCACAAACCCGGGACGAUGCGAGGAAAACCAGGAAGCGGCCAACUAAAAGUGGCCCACACAGGAAGCGGGCGGCGGCGACCGUGCGACUGACGCGCAAGCAGAGCAAAGGGAAACUAAAGGUGCAGAGACUGGAGACCAUCAACCAGCAGUGGGAAAUUGGUACAGAGGUAGGAGUGUCGGCACAUGCCGGCAGACCUGAGCGGAAUCCUAGGCGGUCCAGUAAAAGAGUGUCCUUCCUGGGCCCGGCCGGGUCUCAAACUCCCGGUAAAGCAGUGCCCCAACUAGAGAACCCCGUCUUGGUGAGCGGGAGCAUUGAGGGCGUCCCUCAGGGCCGCCGUGAAGCUGCAGGGAUCCCUCCUGUUCUGGCCCAAGUCCCAGUCCAGCCGUCAUAUAGCACACUGCCCGAGCCCAUGGAGCCUACCAGACAGGACAGUGUCCCUUCCCCUCAGAUUACCCCGAAGAGACCCAGAUCUGAGGCAUGCGACCCCCCAGAGGGCACCCCGAAGAGACCCCGGACCUCGCCCGGCCCUCGCAGCAAGAGGCUGACCGGGGGUUGUGGAAAUCCAGCCCUCCUUACUACCCCACCAUCGCUGGGGAGGUUAAUGUUUGGGAAGAGCCCCCACAGAUCCAGGGAAGGGCAGGGAGAGAGUCCAGGCUCCAUCGGGAGGAGGUCUCCCGCCCGCACACCGGUCGGCAGCCACUCCCUCCAGGCCAGUCCCACGGUCAUGAAGAGGAACCACAAGGGGGAGACUCCCUUGCAUCUAGCAGCUAUAAAGGGAGAUGUAGAGGCUGCCAAAGAGCUACUUGACCAAGGGGCAGACCCGAACCUGAAAGAUCAUGCUGGUUGGACCCCUCUGCACGAGGCGUGCAACCUGGGCCACCUGUCGCUGGUGGAGGUGCUGCUGGCCCGCGGGGCUCUGCUCAACACGCCGGGCUACGAGAACGACUCGCCGCUGCACGACGCCACCAGGAACGGACACCCGGCCGUCGCCAGGCUGCUGCUGCAGCACGGCGCCUCGCAGAGCGUGCUUAAUCUUUAUGGGAAGCGGCCGGCGGACUACGCCUUGAGCCUGGAGAUGCGCGAGGUAUUCAGGUCCAGCCCUGUCACCCCCCAGCCCAGCGACCGCUUGCUGGUCGGCUCUCCCUCCAACCUGGCUAUGAUCAAUUCCAAUGGGAAACGGGACGAGCAGAUGAUUGUGUUGGACAGUAAGCUUUCCAAAACCCAGCAGAAGCAGCUGGCCAAACUGGCCCAGCUGCUGGGAAUGAAACAAGUCGAAACCUUUUCAGGCUCAGUGAGCCAUGUGGUGGUCCCAGAUGGUCCUGCACCCACCACCCUCUCCAGUCUCCAGGGAGUUCUUGCUGGCUGUUGGGUUCUAGGAUACAGCUGGGUGAGGGAGUGCCUGCGGGCGGGGGAGUGGCUUCCGGAGCUGGAAUACGAGGCCGGAGGCGGGCCCAGACAGGGUCGCAUCAACAAGUAUAACCUGCUCCCGCCGCUCUUCGACGGCUGCUUCUUCUUCCUGCUGGGCUCCUUCGGCGCCCCGCCCAAGCAGGAGCUGCUGCGGCUGCUCCGGGACGCCGGGGGCCAGCUGCUGAGCCGCCAGCCCAAGCCCGACAGCGACGUCACGCAGACGGUGAGCGAGGCGGCCUACCACGCCGCGCCGGGCUCGGACCAGGCGCUGUGCACCCAGUACAUCCUGUACGACCCGCACGCCUCGCCGCACAACACAGCCGCCACCGCGGUGCGGCGCCGGGGCAAGGUGUGGACGACACCCGCAUCCUGGGUGGUGGACUGCAUCGCCGCGUUCCGCCUCCUCCCCGUGCCCGAGGCUUAACUCGGGGAUGGUCAGACUGACUCUCACUGCCUCCUCCCCUAACACGAGUCGUAACACGUGGAUGGUCACUGACUCUCACUGCCUCCUCCCCUAACACGAGUCGUAACACGGGGAUGGUCACUGACUCUCACUGCCUCCUCCCCUAACACGAGUCGUAACACGGGGAUGGUCAGACUGACUCUCACUGCCUCCUUCUCCGUGCCCGAGUCGUAACACGGGGAUGGUCAGACUGACUCUCACUGCCUACUUCUCGGUGCCAGAUUCUUAACAUAGAGAUAUGGAGACUGACUCUGCACUGUCUUUCUUCUUUUGCAAGCGUUUCUUUGAAACGUCUGUGUUGAUUGUGGGCUUGACUGCGAGAUACUAGAGAUACGUAAGGAGUGGACGAUGUUGCACUGUCAAGCCUCAGCUGUGGAUUUGUUUUGUUGGCCAGCCACAGUGGAGGUCUGCUAUGUCUUCUGACUGUUGACAGACCUUAUGCUCCACUACAUAGAAAUAUGAAUUUCUAUGUAGUGGAGUGAACAACAUAUUCCUGUCUACCGUCUAUAUGUGGUCAGCAGAAACGUCGAGUAAGGUUGUAUUUGUUUCAUGGUGUCCAUGCAUGUUUCAGAAGAGGAAUGGUGCUCAUUACACUUUGAACAAAUUAUGUGUGAAGAGAUAUACUAUUAAUUCAAAAUAAAACAUAAAUCAUCGUAAUCCUCUUAAAAUGUUGUGCAUUACCUUUUGGCUCUCGCACACACCAGUGGAUGCCAGAGUAAAAAAGCUUUUAUAACAGUAGCUCACCAGAAAGGGUUAACUCUCCCAUUCAUUAUUCUUGUCCAAACCCUCAAACAUAUUGAUUGCCACGCAGAGUGGGAAUACAUACCGCAUUUAUUGUUCUGUUUUGCUCCUUUGCCAAUAGCGCUUGAAAGGCAACCAAACUUUAUUUGACUCUGUGUGUCUGUGUCUGAGGGGUCCCUGUGCACUCCCAAGGUCUUCUACUGGCGAUCUUCCAAAAAGCCAUUUUCAAUGGUAUUAGCCUGGGAUGCGCCUAAUUGCUAUUGAUUGCGGCAUGCUGCAUUAAAUUGCUUCCCCCUUUUCCCGUCCAUGAUCGGGGGGUUGCGUGGGUUCGUGCGGGUGGGGGGAAAUUAGUGGUGCGGACAGGACAGAAGCCUCAGCUGACUGGUAAUGAAAUGGAAUGAGGAAAUGAACUGGUGAGUAAUGGCCUCUGACUCACUCGCACUACACCAAAAAACACAGGAUUAGACACUGCUCCUCUUUUUCAUUCUUUUAUCUUUUUCUAUAUCUCUUACUCUCUCCUCCCUCUCUUACCCUCACACUUCUUAGUUGAUGGUGAAAUACUUCUUUUAAAUUGAUUAGGAUAAGUUUAAUCUACUGUACCAGCUUAAUUAUCUAAAAUACAAGGAUCAAUGUAAAAUUAGCAAUGUUUCAAUAAAGUUAUGUUUAAAAUCUCUUGCUUUCUCACUCUAUGAGCCUCAAUCGGUUACGCACAACAGAGAUGAUGUACUCGCCCAAUUCAGGUUCUCAUUGUUGAGACUGCCUAUCGGGUGGGUCCACACUGGCAUAGUUCCAGUCUCCAAACAUAAUUUGUCUUUUGUUGGCCUUGUCUUAUUUUAUGGUUGUUGCAGGUAUGGGAAUGGAUGAGCUUGGCUCUUUUAGCUGUCCGGUAUCUGGGUGGCGGUAUGCAUUACAGACGGCCUUGUGCGCAGACACUCCUGUGCAUUGAGAUGCCAGGAAUGCCUCUGCAGUCAGCAGAGAAGAAUUGCCCACUUGUGCAGUAUUUGUUGUUGGUUGUUUUCUUUCUGCACUGCAGACUCUUCCUUUAGUCACUAGGAUAGCGCUACAUGUUAAAAAAAUUCUUACUUCAUGUCCAGCAGCUUUUGUGUUUAGUGUUUUGUUUAUGUGUAUGCACACAUACUCACACACACACACGCACACACAGGGUAAAGAAAGACAUCCACCCAUUUUGCUGAAUAACACUUCUUUUCAAUUCUAUUUAACAAAAUAGUGUUUGUCUCCAUAAAUAAUACACAGUUUCCUUUCCACCUCAGAGUUCAUAAUACACAUGAUACAUUUGGAUAUAUUUACAUAUACACAACAUAUGGCACGCUUAGGUUUGGUGAACCAUUACAAUUUAUAAUUUCCAUAUUUUUUCUUUGAACUAUUGAUUAACCCCAGCUUUUUAUGUGGGAGGGUGCGGGCGUAGUGCGUGUGUAUUUGUAUGUGUGUUUUAACAGCCAAACCCUUGCUUAUUUAUGAAUAUAAAGUUCUGCAUUUACACAAAAUGGUAGUAUGAGCAACAGACCCAAGGUGUCCAAAAUAUAAAUAAAUACAACUGAUUGAUUGUAAUAUAUAAUAACAGUGAUUCUUUCUCCUUAUUUAACAUAGUACUCUCAAUCUGGUUUUCAGGCACAUGUUAAAUAACAGUAUUUUUUUCGGUUUUUCAUUUUUUUUAUCAUGUAGUUCAUAUAGUUUCAAACUACAGUAAGUUGGUGUCACUUGAAAAGAGAGUAUGGAACACCUUUACAAAAUGCCCAUGUACAAGCCUGUGUAUGAAAUUAGGAGCAGAUCAUUUCCAUUUCCGAGACAUUCAGAGAAACUCAAAGAUUUGAUAUUUGCCAGGAAAUGAGAAAAAAGAAAAGAAAAAAAGGCAUGGUUCUUUCCCUGAAACUCUGCUCUACCUUUCAAGGAAAAAAGGUAAACUCUUAACCUUUUCUCUGCUACUCCUAUUUAUUUCUUAGCCACAGGCCUCAUGGUUGCUUAUACUUUGGGAACAGCAAGUGAAAGGAAUCGUAACGCUUUGCGACACUAGCCCGAUCUCCCAACGCGUUCUUUCCUAUACCGAGGGAAAUCAACCUUUGUACCGUUGGCUCUGUGUUGAGUCAAGCAUGAGGGGAGAUUUGAUCUUUGUCAGUGGAAAUAUCUGUCAUAAAUAUACAACUAUACUUUCCUGUUCGUAUGAAGGGUUUUGAAGUCUGGAAAUAUUUAUUUAGCUUUUACUCUUUUUACUUCCGACCUCUCCACUUUGUUGUGGGGAUGUGCACACCGGAACGGAGUACUGAUAAUGGCUUGCCUUGACACUAAUCACACCAGAAAUGUUAAAAAAUGCACUGCUUCUCUGGUGUCCCUGUCACUAAAACCACAGAAGAAGACUGCAAUUCUAAUCGCUAGACUUCUAAAAAGUGCAAACCUUUUGACCUUGCUGUAUCUGUUGGAAUUUUUUUUAAGAAGAUAAUCAUUGAACACUUUUAUUUUAGUCGAAGGGCUAAGAAUAUAACACCCUGUAACGGCGCCUGCUGGGGUUUGCUGUUCAAAGCGGUGAGAGCUAGCUAGCUCCUGGUGAUGCAUUGUUGCAGACAGUACAGUGCACUUACUCACACUAAGAAAAGAGAGGGGGUUUUGUCUGUUUUUGUUUGUACAAAGAUCUCGUGUAGAACGGUAGCAAGAAGGCAUCUUUGGUGGCGGCAACUCCUUUGAGUCUCCUUAUCCGGAACUCAUUUGAACUUCCCUCUGUCUUUCUCAAUCUUAUUCACGUUUAUUCCAUACCAUCCAAUGUUAAUCAUAUGAAUAAGACACACAGGGUAUGGGCUCCAACAUGUUUUUGAUGCCAGUCACUGUAAAUAAAAUGAUCGACACAAGGGUUAGCUUUGUGUCGUGUCAGUCUGCAUACAUUAUGGUCCCUUGGCCAGAUGGGAUCAGUCAUCAGAGGUGAGUCAACCUAAUCAUCUGACGUGAAUGAUGGAAAUGACCCACACUUCCAUCCCUCAUCUGAAAGUAGCAUAUCUUAAUGUGUCAGCGUCACAAGCUUUGUCUGCACAUGGCAAAGCUGCAGGUGUGUAGAAUGCAGAUCGUUUUCAAGCAAAUGUAUUAUUCCGUCUAUUCUUGAGUCAGGGGUCUGCAUCCCAUGUCCAUGGCUGUCUCAUUACGGCCGGCUUGGAGCCGCUGUUAACGAGACCAUCCAUCAUGAGCCAGCAGCCGGGUCUAAAAGGUUAAUGGGAAAAGAAUUUCUGGA